AUGAAGCACAUUAUCAAUCCGUAUGAACAUACCAAUGACACAGCAAGAAACAAUUCAGAUUGCCCUGAUGUGGUUUUGCCAGAAGAGGUAUUUUUCACCAUCUCCAUCAUUGGAGUUCUGGAGAACCUGAUUGUCCUCCUGGCUGUGGUCAAGAAUAAGAAUCUCCAGUCCCCCAUGUACUUUUUCAUCUGCAGUUUGGCUAUUUCUGACAUGCUGGGCAGUCUGUAUAAGAUCUUGGAAAAUAUCCUUAUCAUGUUUAGAAACCGGGGUUAUCUCAAGCCUCGUAGCAAUUUUGAAAGUACAGCAGAUGACAUCAUCGACUGCAUGUUCGUCCUCUCUUUGCUGGGCUCUAUCUUCAGCCUGUCUGUGAUUGCUGCCGACCGCUACAUCACCAUCUUCCAUGCCCUGCAAUACCACAGCAUUGUGACCAUGCGCCGCACCAUCAUCAUCCUAACAGUUAUCUGGAUAUUCUGCACGGGGAGCGGCAUUGCCAUGGUGAUCUUCUCCCACCACAUCCCCACAGUGAUCACCUUCACAUCCCUCUUCCCUUUGAUGCUGGUUUUCAUCCUGUGUCUCUACAUUCAUAUGUUCUUACUUGCCCGCUCCCAUGCUAGGAAGAUCUCUACUCUUCCUAGAACCAACAUGAAAGGUGCCAUCACACUGACCAUCCUUCUAGGAGUCUUCAUCUUCUGUUGGGCUCCCUUUGUCCUCCAUGUCCUCUUAAUGACCUUCUGCCCAAAUAACCCUUACUGUGUUUGCUAUAUGUCUCUCUUCCAGGUCAAUGGCAUGUUGAUCAUGUGCAAUGCAGUCAUUGAUCCCUUUAUUUAUGCCUUCCGGAGCCCAGAGCUCAGGGAUGCAUUAAAAAAGAUGCUCUCCUGCAACAGGUAUCAGUAG